UCUCUCCCAGCACCGUCAGCUUUUCCUUUCUUUUCUCAACGACGCCACCGCGCACCCACACUCUUUUCCAUCCCUAUAUCAGCCCCCGGAUCCCUUCUCGCCAUGCUCGCCCUCCUCGCCCUCUUCCACCUCCUCCCCAUCCUCGCCCUCGCAGCACACAACCCCCCGCACCACCGCAGGGCCCACGAACGCGCCAGGAAGAACUACGAACACGUACACGGCCGAGACGCUGCCCACAACGCCCCCGCCGCCAUCCUCGAACGAGACACCCACUUCGACAACCGGACUCUCGUUGAGCGAGACCACUACGACAACCGUACUUUGACCCCCCGAGCCGAUACCUUUACCGGGGUCGGUACCUUCUACUCUACGGGCCUUGGUGCUUGUGGAGAGACUAACGUGGAUAGUGACUAUCUGGUCGCGUUGAACUCGGCGCAAUAUGGCAGUGGAUCCCCCGGUCCCCAGUGCUUCAAGUCCAUCACCAUCACUGACGGCUCGACGUCGGUCAGUGGUAUCUCCAUCUUGGAUGAAUGCCCCACUUGUGACUAUGGAUCUCUCGAUUUGAGUCCCAGUCUUUUCGUCAGGUUCGCAGAUGAGGACACUGGUACCAUCCACAUCACUUGGUGGUACGAAGACUCGGAAUCGACCUCUGCUGCGGCCACUUCUACGAGCCCCACUUCGACCUAUGUCGCGCCUACGUCGACCUACACCCCUCCCACCUCUACCUACACUCCCCCCACUUCGACCUACGUCGCCCCCACUUCUACCUACACCCCCCCUACCUCGACAUACACUCCUCCCACUUCGACUUACACUCCCCCGUCGUCCACCUGGGUCGCCCCCUCGUCGUCAAGCUCCGCCUCUCCCUCCGUCGAGCCUUCCACCUCUUCAUCCACUUCCAUCUGGGUCGCUCCCUCGUCCUUCUCCGAGAGCAGCUCCGCCCCCAGCAGCACCAUCACCUCCUCCCCCAUCUCUUCCGCCGCCAUCUCUACCUCCGCUUCGGCCUCCAACUCUACCAACCCCUGGGCGGUCGUCAGCAGCGCCUCUGAUGUCUCUGUCCAGGCUUCUGCCAGUGUGGGCGUCAGCGUGAGCACGGAUGGGAGCGAUUCGAGCGUGUCGGUGUCUGCUUCGGGCAACUUGGAGUUGAUCAACGCUUUGACUGCCAAUUAUGGCCAGCUCGUCGUCAAUGCCGCUCAGGUGGCUGCUUGAGCAGACUCCCCAUCUACAGACCUUAGCUAUGCUCCCUUAAGGGACGGACACUUGCUUUCUUUCUGACGGACACUUUACGAGUUUAUCCCAUAGUUAUCUUUCUUUCCCAGCCUCUUUGCUGCCCUUCCUUUUUCGCUCUUUCCAACUGUUUAUGGGGAUGUGUGUAGUAAGCCGCUUCCAUAUAUUCAUCAGACCGAAAAGCUUGAAGCUUUCUCGUCUGAAAUCAAUUACCUACGAUCUUUCUCUCUCUUUUGUCGAAACGUUCCCUCUAGAUUGUAUAUACCCCCACGACCCCUGUUUUUCCUCUCGUCUCGUUUUGCUUUUUUUGCCAAGUUUUCUUCUGUGUAUGGAUGCAGAGAGUAUGC